AUGACCUUUGAGGCCAAUAGGAAUAGCGAAAGGUAUGAGGUGUACGCAACGAUGCGAAAUCUGAAGUCUAAAGCCAACUUGGAGGAUGCUGCAGGAGACACUAUGAAUAAGACUCUAUUCAUCCGGGAACUUGACGUCACCAAAGAGACAACAAUCACGUCUGUGGUUAACGAGAUUUUGCGAGACAAUGGGUCAAUCGACAUCCUUGUUAAUAAUGCAGGAUGCUGCAUUGCGGAUGUGAUUGAUAGAAAGUCGUUGGACUAUUGCCAGUCUAUGAUGGAUGUAAACUACUGGGGAGUUGUUAGAACUGUAAGAGCUGUGCUGCCAGCGAUGAAAGAACAGCAGUCGGGUCGCAUUCUCAAUGUUACCAGCCUUGCUGGAUUCCAAGGUCUUCCUUUCUAUGCCACCUACACAUCUUCAGUAUUGCGUGACGCAUACAAUAUCAGCCUGGUUUCAUCUGGAGCCUUUUGA